GAAAGGAACACUGAGCUGGGAAGUGUGCCACAUCAUCGUAGCAACCACUAAGCAAGCCUGCUCCUUGGCCUCCGGGAUGGCGCUUCAUCCUUCUAGGUUGCUCAUUCCAAGCACAGCCUGGACAUGUGGACUUGAUAGAGCAACGAGGAGAAAAAAGGCAUAAGCCUUUGCACAACUGGAAAAAGAUCUCCCUGCCUUCAUGGAUUAUACCCCGGAGCCCAACGUGACAGCCAUAACUGACUACUACCCUGACAUCUUCUCAAGCCCCUGCGACGGGGAACUCCCUCAAAGGAAGAGCAAGUUGCUCCUUGUCAUCUUCUACUGUGUCAUGUUUGUGUUAGGCCUCCUGGGAAACAGCCUGGUCAUCCUGGUCCUCGUGGCCUACAAGAAGUUGAAGAGCAUCACGGACAUCUACCUGUUGAACUUGGCCCUGUCUGAUCUGCUUUUUGUCUUCUCCUUCCCCUUUCUGACCCACUACCAACUGGACCAGUGGGUGUUCGGGGCAGUGAUGUGCAAGGUGGUCUCUGGCUUCUAUUUCAUCGGCUUCUUCAGCAGCAUGUUCUUCAUCACCCUCAUGAGCGUGGACAGGUACGUGGCCAUCGUCCAUGCUGUGUGUGCCAUGAAAGUGAGGACUGUCAGGAUGGGCACAGCCCUGAGUCUGGCCGUGUGGCUCACUGCCAUUGCGGCCACCAGCCCGUUGCUUGUGUUUUACCAAGUGGCCUCAGAAGAUGGCAUUCUCAAGUGUUACUACUUUUACAACCAGCAGAGCAUGAAGUGGAAGAUCUUCACGCACUUCGAGAUGAACAUCUUGGGGCUGCUGAUCCCACUCUCCAUCCUGCUCUUCUGCUACGUCCGCAUCCUGCAGCAGCUGCGCAGCUGCCGCAACCGCAACAUGACCAAGGCCAUCAGGCUAGUGCUGCUCGUGGUCGUCGCAUCUCUGCUCUUCUGGAUCCCGUUCAAUGUGGUCCUCUUCCUCACUUCCCUGCACGACAUGCACAUCCUGGACGGCUGUGUCACGAACCAGCGGCUCACCUAUGCCACCCACGUCACGGGAAUCAUUUCCUUCACUCACUGCUGCGUGAACCCUGUCAUCUAUGCUUUCAUGGGUGAGAAGUUCAAGAAGUACCUCGCAGACAUAUUCCAGAAAAGCUGCAGCCACCUCAUCUUCUACCUAGGAAAAAAAGUGCCCCGGGAGAGCUGGGAGAAGUGGCCUUCCUUCCACCAGUCUUCUUCCCGUUCCUCCACCGUGGACUACAUCCUGUGA